AUGGUCUCCCAUAAAGUUCUCACGCACUAUCCUCCGUUCCCAGACGACGUCCCAACUUUCUCUCUUUUUACUAUAUCCCUUUCGAAGCUGCUUGCGCGCGACGAAAUUGAAACGCAGCGAUUGAUCCAGGCAUGCGAAGAGAUCGGUUUCUUCUAUCUUAAUGUUCAAGAUGCCGGAUCUGCUUCCAAGAUCCUGGAAGAUGUAGAUCGCAUCUUCCAUACCGCCGUUGACCUAUUCGACCUGCCCUUAGAAGAGAAAAAGAAGUAUGAUUUCAGUGGGAGGGGCUCGUAUUUCGGAUACAAAGAGACAGGCGCCGAGGUGCUCCGUGAUGGAUACGUCGACAGAAAUGAGUCCUAUAACGUACCCAGAAAUGAAAUGCUAGCCGUCAGUAACGACUUCCCGACCCCAGAAGUCCUCCAACGCAGUCGCCCAGUCUUCCAAUCCAUGAUGAGAACCUCCCACUCCAUCGCCUCCCUUCUUCUCGAACUCAUCAACGACAAUCUAGGCCUUCCCAAGAACACCCUCAACAAUUUCCACCGAAUUGAUAUGCCUAGCGGUGACGCCGUCCGCCUUAUCAAAGCACCCCCACAGCCCGAAAAUGACCGACGCACGGCACUUGCCGAACAUACUGACUAUGGAAGUAUCACCAUCGUCUUCAAUCGUAUGGGCGGGCUCCAGGUUCUCCCACCAGGAGAGACGACAAAAUGGGUCUAUGUGCGUCCUUUGCCCGGCCAUGCAAUUGUAAACAUUGGAGAUGCAAUGGUCAAGUUCACUAGUGGGCUCCUGCGCUCGAAUCUGCACCGGAUCGUUUCUCCUCCUGGAGAUCAGGCGAAUUACACUCGGUACAGCAUGUUGUAUUUCUGCCGACCAGAUGACCACGUGCUCCUACGGAGGCUGGAAGGAAGCAGCCGUAUCCCUAAGUUGGGAGAAGGGGUAGUGGAAGAGCCUAUCAAUAGUAAGGACUGGGUCUUACGGCGUGGCUUGGGCCGAAGGUCAAACCUGCCGUCGAUUGAUUUUGAGAAGACAGCGGGUACGGAGAUGAUGAAUCGGGCGGUGAAGGUGAAGGCAUAG